AAAAGGGAGAAAAUGCUGUCCCAAUAAGUGCAUAUUUAUAUCCACUUACCAAACUAGACAGUAAGGCUUCUAAACUUGUUAGAGAGAUCAGUGCUGUUCUUGUUAAUGAAACAGAAAAUUAUUUGGAGGAUCUGUAUAAACUGGAUGUGAAAUGCAAUGAUCUUCUGAGAUCACAAGCAGUUAAUAAAUUUCAUGGAAUUGAAGCAGAAAUUCAGGAAUUUAAAUCUUUAUUGGCUACUUACAAACUGGCAUUUCAGAAAGAGGUAGCAAAGAUUCUUCCAAGUAUCAGAGGUGGAAAUAAAGAGGAGAGUGAGUUAGCAAAUAUGUUGAAAAAAAGGGAUUUCUCUCCAUUUCGAAAUGAAGCUCUCAGCAGAUGGAUGGCAACAAAAGAAAGCCAAGUAAAAAUACUUUUGCAAUGCACGUCCUCUCUUCAGCAGAUUGAGUUUGUAUCAGAGCCAGGCGACUUACAGUCAAAGGUUAUGAGUCCUCAUCAUUCACAAGUUCUGUGUUUUUCAAUUUUGAUCCCUAAAUCUGAUUCACAUUUGAUAAACAUGUCAAAAUACACGAAAGAAGAGACUCUUGAUAGUGAUUUGGACUUCACAGCUGGAAAUGCUACAAUCCCACUUAACAUAAAAGAAAAUGAAAGUUCAAUGAUGGAAAAGGCAAGAUAUUUCACAGACUUCUUUGAUAAUAAAGAGAACACUGAUGUUAGCUUCCUUGUUGCAGAGGACGUUUCUGAUUCAAAUGAAUUCCAAGCUAAGACAAAGUACUAUAAUAAUGGUAGACUCCUCAAUGAAGACUUUGCAAUACCUUCUACCCCAAGGAAAGUAAAUGUAAACAAUAUUGCUACUACACAUGAGAGCAUUUUGGUUCAGUGGGAAAAACCCCUUCAUGGUGCAUCAAACAUCGACCAGUACAAGAUUGUCUGUGAAGACACUACUGGAAAUAAUCCACCCAUUAUUCAGCAUGCAGAUUCUAAUGUUGCAAGUCAUCACAUUCAGGGUCUCAGUCCUGGCUGUGAGUAUGGCGUUAGCAUUCAAAGUGUUUGCCAACUUGGAGUUAGUGUUAAGGGCCAAAUAAGGGGUGCUGUUAAAACAAGGCCAACUAGUCCACCUGGGAAACCUUAGGCCUGGCAGAUAUCUUCUUCAGAAAUAGAGAUUAAGCGGUCAAAGCCGCUUCACAUUGGUUCUCAGUGCACAAGAAUCAAAUAUUUACUUAAGCAACAAGAAGAAGGGUCUGACUGGAAAGUAGUAAGUACAUUGACAUUUGAAAAUCAAUCAGUUAAGAUGUGUGUGCAUCCAAAUGUUACCUAUAGGUUCAAGGUUUAUUGUGAGAGUGAACACUGUGGCAAGAGUCUUGAUAGUGAAUUAAGCAAUGAUUUGAAGAUAGAAAUGAAGGAAGAUGAAGUCUAAAAAUUUGAUUUAUGUAGACAAUCAGUGAAAAUAAGGGAUGGUAAUAUCAAGAUAUAUAAGCCAAAUCUAAAACAUGUUGCAUCUCACAAGAAAUAUAAACUUCAGAAAUAUGAAUUUGGAAAUGAGAAAGAUGCCAUGCCAGAAAAGGUCAUCAUGCUUGUUGGUUCUACUGGAUCAGGUAAAACCACUUCAAUCAAUGGACUAAUUAACUAUGUAUUUGCUGUUAAAUGGGAGGAUAACUUUCGUUUCAAAUUGAUCACCGAGCCAGAAAGCGACAACCAAGCAAAACGCCAAACUAGUGAAGUAUCAUCGUACACAAUACAUCACCAAGAAGGUUUUAGAAUACCUUAUUCCCUCACAAUCAUUGAUACACCAGGUUUUGGUGAUGUUCAAGGCAUAGGAAGAGAUCAGGAAAUUACAGAACAAAAACGCAAAUUUUUCACAACAAGAGGUGUAGGAGGUGUUGACAAAAUUGAUGCAGUUGGUUUUGUUGUUCAGUCAUCUCUUCCAAGACUUACUGCAAUGCAGAUAUACAUUUUUGAUCAAAUACUGUCACUCUUUGGAAAGGAUAUUGCUGAGAACAUAUUCCGGUUACUUACUUUUGCUGAUGGUCAAAAACCUCAAGUCCUUUGUGGCAUUAAAGAAGCAAAGAUACCACACAGCAAAAUCUUCAAAUUCAAUCAUUCUGCACUAUAUGCACGUUGCAAAGAACCAGAAAGGGAAGAACAAGAUAGUGAUGAAUUCGAAGACAGUACCAUGUUUUGGGAAAUGGGAGAGAAGAGUUUUAUGAAACUUGUAGAAAAUCUGAACUUAACUCAGAGUAGGAGCCUCACCCUAACUAAAGAGGUUCUUGAGGAACGCCAUCGUCUAGAAGUUUCAGUAACUGGCCUCCAGGUAGAUAUUCAGACUGGACUGCAUAAAUUAGAGAAGCUAAGGUGUGAAGUGGAAGUCCUCAAAGCGCAUGAGGCUGAUAUUGACAGGAACAAGAACUUCACCUACACAGUUAUUGAAGAGACCUUUGUGAAAGAGCCAAUUCCUGCCGGACAGUUUAUAACAAACUGUCUAGAGUGCCACCGGACUUGCCAUGAACACUGCCGAAUAGAGAAAGAUAAUGAAAAUCAGCGAUGCUGGGCGAUUACAGGAGAGAAUUGUCGUAUUUGCCCUGGUCGGUGUCAUUGGAAAAUACACAGAAAUAUCCCAUACAAAUAUAUUUGUAAGCAGGUUGAAGUAACAAAAAAUGCAGAGGACCUAAGGCGUCGAUAUGUAGAGGCAACGGAAAAGAAACUUUCUGCUGAACAACUUGUAAAAGAGGUAGAGGAAGAAUUUGAGGCAGUUCAAAUAAAGGAUCUGGGUAUGACCGAAACUGUGAGAAAAUGCCUCAAGAGACUGAAAGAAAUCGCACUAAAACCAAAUCCUCUCUCUACCGUGGAGUACAUAGACAUCCUGAUUGAGUCUGAGAAAUCACAAGCCCAACCAGGAUGGAAUGCUCGGGCCAAGUACCUGCAGGCUGUCAGGAAAACGGCGGAGGAAAUGAAGAAAAUCGCUGACGAAGGAUAUGACCCUUUCAUGGAGAUAAAGAAAAAGAUAGAAGAGGAGAAAAAACAAAUGAACAGUGGCAAUUGCUCUCAUCUCAUGAUUCCCUUUCGGUCUCAAGGCAUGAAGAGCCGUUGGGUUGAAGUCGAGGACUAUCUUAAUAAUAAUUUUAGUUAGAUUGGGACGGUUCUGUUGAGGAUAGACCCUACUGUUUUCUUUAUUUUCCAAUCACCAA